CCCCGGGCGGCGCUAGGGGCCCGCAGCGCAGCAGCCGUCCCAGCUCACCACCCUCGGAGCGCAGCGCCGCCGCCAUGUCCGCCGGGGCCAGCGUGAACGCCCUGCAGCGCCUGGUGGAGCAGCUUAAGCUGGAGGCCGCCGUGGAGAGGAUCAAGGUCUCCCAGGCCGCUGCAGAGCUCCAACAGUACUGCAUGCAGAAUGCCUGCAAGGACGCCCUGCUGGUGGGCGUUCCAGCGGGAAGCAACCCCUUCCGGGAGCCGAGAUCCUGUGCUCUACUCUGAAUCCUGUAGGAAAGAAGUGGGCCAAGGAAUCCCUUCACGCACCAAGUGAUGAAUGCCUGCCUCCAAGUCUCAAGAAAGCAUUUUUCCCUAACCAAAUGACGUUUAGGUAUUUCAGACCUUCCCAGUGGCCUGGUCCUAUCACCAGAAUUCUACAGAAAUUAAUGAGUUUCAACUCAAAUAAGGAAACUGGGUGAAGGAGUAGACCUUUAUAUAAUAAUGGCCCAGUUUGUUUGCUAAAGUGCUUUAUACUUAAGACAAAAACCUUACCACCAAAUACACAAAAAUGCACCUCUUUCACAAGGGAAUUACUAGUGUUUCUAUACCUGGAAUAUGAUGUAUGUUUUAUUUACUGGAUAUUUACAUUUAAGAAAGGAAACCAUUUUUGUCUAUUAAAAAAUUCAAUAUUUGGAAUUUUGUCAUUCCUAAGAUUUUUACGCCAUAAUAAAAUUUGUCCUUUUCUCAUGAAUUUAUAAUUUCUAAAUAAAGAUAAGCCAGUGUAAAAUUGUGGGAAGAAUAGGCUAUAUUAAUCAAAUGAUCUCUUGAUUUUUGUAAGUGAGAAGACUCUUUUGUUUUUAACACUAAAAAUGGGAACUGUUUCUUAGCAAACUUGUUGGAAAGAUUAAUGCAUCACGUACUAGACCUCCCCGUUCUCUGUGCCACACACAGCUCUUCCUAAGUUCCUCCAGAGUUGUGGAUGUACUGAAUAGUACAUUAUUUCAUGUCUUUAAAAAACAUGUAAAAUGCGACUUACAGAACAUUGCAAGUGAUUAAAAACAAAGUAAUGUGAAAAUUUUACAACCUAAAUGAAUUCUUAAUGUCAUGUUUUACUUUAAUGAUGUGCCUUUGAUUUAAUUUGAGACACUUUCAAAAGAAUACUUUGUGUUUGUAAUAAUCUUUGAAGAGCUUGAAAAUAAAAUUUCUGCUUAAUUCAUCAUUUUCUACA